UCCAUUCUGUCUUCAAGCCUCAGCUGCUCAGGACGUCCUAAUUUAAAAACAAAACAUCUUAAACUCGCUCCUUAAAAAACAAAACACAGUAUUUCAUUACUCUUCAUCACUAUGUUUCAGAUCCUCAUCAGUGGUGCUUCUUCUGAAACCUCUAGCGGCGGUGGGCGGGGCCGACCGCGUCACGGCGAGGAUCCCGCGCCUCCAUUGGCUCGUGUCAGCCCUGACAUCUGAGGGGUCUGUCCUGGAGCGAGCAGGCCGUGUAUGCUCCUGUCAUCCUCCCGAAGUGUCUCGAUGGCUGGACGCUAGGCUUGUGUGCGUCUCGCUGUAUGUUGAGAUUAAUCGCAGCUCAGCCUGAUUCCUGGGCUCUCUCGGCACAUCCAUCAGAGGGAUGGAAACAUGGCUGGAAAAGAGGAGCAUUCACGCUGUGAACCUGCGGUCUGUGUUCACCGCCGAGCAGCAGCGAAUCCUGGAGCGCUACUAUGAGAGCGGCAUGACCAAUCAGAGCAAGAGCUGCUUCCAGCUCAUCCUGCAGUGUGCGCAGGAGACCAAACUCGACUUCAGCGUGGUCAGAGUACGCCUGCUCCCUUCAUUCAUGCCACACUUCAUUUCAGACGGUUUGAGCUGUUUGUGUUGUAUUUAUGGGGUAAUGAGUGACAUGUCGGCUCCCUGGCUUCACAGUAGCUCGCGGAAAAGACCGCUGCAGGACAGGACGCAGUUCAGCGACAGAGACGUGUACACGCUGAAGCGCUACUGGGAUCACGGCAUGACCAGCCUGGGCUCUCUGUGCAGAGAGAAGAUCUCCGCGGCCGCCAGCGAGCUCCGAGUGGACACUGAGAUCAUCACGACGUGGAUUGGUAACCGCAGAAGGAAGUACCGUUUGAUGGGGAUUGAGAUCCCUCCUCCUAAAGGAGGGCCGGUCGUAUUCCCAGAUCGUUCCCCUCACGUGCUUGAAGACGAGCGUCAGACUCCGGAGCGAGGAGAGGCCAGCGAACACAGCGUCGUCGUGUCCAUUAUGUCUAGUAACUGUACAUUUGCCUCUGUUAAAGAUGGAGCCAGUGAUUUAUAUCUGACAGAAAACGAUGAUGUGAACGAUGAAUCAGAUGGUUCCACACCUGCUAAACAUGUGAAGAUUGAAAUCGUUGACGAAGAUGAUGAUGAUGGAGACAUGUUGACCACUGAGAUGGAGCAGAUGCAAAACCUCUUCAGGGUAAGAAAUGAAGAAGUGCAGUUUCUUGAGAAAGAGCUGCAGAGCCAGAAACAGAAGUUCUCAGAGCUGAAGCGCUCCCCCAGAAGCCUGCUGAUCGCUGUGAAAAACAAAGACAGAACGAAACAGCAGCAGCUGUUAGCCAGUCUGCCUCAGAGAGUGAGAGCCCUGGGGCUGGAGAACAACCACAGCGAGUCUGGUGCAGAGACGCCCACCAGAGAGUCCUCUGUAUCAGAGGAGGAGGAGGACACGGAUCAGACCAGACUGUGAACGCCGCUCUGUUCCUCACACACACCACGUAGUGCCUGUGGAAACCAACCAGUAACUGCUGGGCCAAACCAGUCAUUUUCUACAGCAUAUAUCAUAUCAGACUGCCCUGGCCGGUCCGGUACUAACAAAUAAACACCACUACGUCAACACAAGAUUGCCUCGUCUCAUUUCUAUGACAUCUGUAAGCAUGAAACGCACAAGAUCAGGUAAAAACACAUAUUUUACACUGGUUCAUGUGUUCAGCAGCAAACCAUUGACAUUCAAAGCAUUUCAGAGAUUUGGUUUAAUGAGGAUUAAAAUAAGCAUUGUUUGGAGUUUUGUGAUUGUAGGGUGGUUGUGUUCACACGGGCAGCACACACUUGUGUUCAAACACCAUCUAAAAGUGGAUUUUGCAUAAUAUAAGAAAGCUUCAAUAUUGAAAUAUCGCUUCGGCAGUCUCACGCAUGCUGUG